AUGACUGGCGAAGCACAGACCGUAGUGGAUCCACAGGAAGCCUUUGAGCUAAUCACCAAGAAUUUGCAGGAAGUUUUAAACCCGCAGAUCAUCAAAGAUGUGCUCGAGGUUCAGAAGAGACCCUUGAAGCUUUACUGGGGAACAGCACCCACUGGGCGUCCACACUGUGGGUAUUUUGUGCCUAUGACCAAGCUGGCGCACUUUUUGAAAGCUGGUUGUGAGGUUUGCGUGCUUUUGGCAGAUUUGCAUGCAUUUUUGGACAACAUGAAGGCUCCUCUCGAAGUGGUGCAGCACAGAGCCAAGUACUACGAAUUCAUCAUCAAGUCUUUACUUCGCAGUAUCAAUGUUCCAAUCGAAAGACUGAAAUUCGUUGUGGGCAGCUCGUACCAGCUCUCUACUGAAUACGCCAUGGAUAUUUUCAAAUUGUCCAACUCGGUUUCUCAAAAUGACGCCAAGAGAGCUGGCGCUGACGUUGUCAAACAGGUUUCCAACCCAUUGUUGAGUGGCCUGAUCUACCCUUUGAUGCAAGCUUUGGACGAAGAACAUUUGGACUGUGACGCUCAAUUUGGCGGUGUGGAUCAAAGAAAGAUCUUUGUUUUGGCCGAGGAAAAUUUGCCAUCGCUGGGCUACAAGAAAAGAGCCCAUUUGAUGAACCCAAUGGUUCCAGGUCUAGCCCAGGGUGGCAAAAUGUCGGCAUCUGAUCCAAAUUCUAAGAUCGACAUCCUAGAAGAGCCAAAACAGGUCAAGAAGAAAAUCAACACUGCGUACUGUGCUCCUGGUGUUGUUGAAGAUAAUGGGCUUCUUUCUUUUGUUGAGUACGUUGUUGCCCCAAUUCAAGAGCUGAAGUUUGGCUCCAACUACUUCAAAUUUUACAUUAACCGUCCUGAUAAAUUUGGCGGCCCCAUCACUUACACAUCGUUUGCUGACCUGGUUCAGGACUUUAAGGAUGAAAAACUUGCCCCACCUGACUUGAAAACAGGUGUCAGCGACAUCAUUAAUGAACUUUUGGCUCCAAUCAGAGAAGAUUUCGCCAAAGACCCAGAAUUCCAAGACGCACAAGCCAAAGGCUACCCAGCUCCAGUUCAAAAAGAAGUCAAGAAGCAAAAGAAGCCAAAGAACAAGGGUUCUCGUUAUCCAGGUCCUCAAAACACUGCUGAACCUGUCUCCGACGUUGCCGAUAAGUUGCAAGAGACCAGCUUGGAAAAAUAA